GUUGGGAACAGGAAGUUCCGGGUAGAAAACCACAGAACUGUGUUGUUAUGUCGAUUGUGGUUGUGUCCGUUUCAAAUGUAUUAUUGUAGACUGACUCAGAUUAAGUCUGAGGCCGGAAACAUCAACAGUGAAGACAAACCAAUCUUGUCACUCUCCUUCCACACUGAGUAGAAACCUACAGUCACUGGGUCCUGAUUGUGACAGUGGAGCCCAGUUUGCACUGCAGGAUCCAGAGAUGGCAUCAGUGAAGCUGGAAGACUGCAGUCAAACACUGGAGCUGAAUGUCAACAUUAAAGAUGAAGAAGUGGAGGAGAAAAUUAGGACAACUGUUAGUCAUGGAUGCCAUGUUGAGACAUUCUCUACAUCCAGAGAUCAACAGCAGGAAGAUCAGAGAGCUAAGAGGUCUCAUCACUGCCCACAUUGUGAAGAGAUUUUCCCAUUUCUAUCAAAGCUAAAAAUACACCUAAAAAUACACACAGGAGAGAAGCCGUACUCCUGCUCCAACUGUGGAAAAUGUUUCAAAACAACAACUCAGCUAAAACUUCAUCAGAGAACACACACAGGAGAGAAGCCUUAUUACUGCUCUGACUGUGGAAAACGUUUUAAAACAUCAACUCAGCUAAAAGUUCAUCAGAGAACACACACAGGAGAGAAGCCUUUCUUCUGCUCUAACUGUGGGGCGAGUUUCUCUCAUCUGGGCACCUUAAAAGCACACCAACGUAUACACACAGGAGAGAAGCCUUACGUCUGCUCUGACUGUGGAACUAGUUUCUCUCAAUUUUCCCACUUAAAAACACAUCAACGUGUACAUAUAGGAGAGAAGCCUUACGUCUGCUCUGAUUGUAGAAAAUGCUUCACAACAUCAACUGAUCUAAAAGUUCAUCAGAGAACACACACAGGAGCGAAGCCUCAUUCUUGCUCUGACUGUGGAAAAUGUUUUAAAACCUCAAAUGAACUAAAAGUUCAUCAGAGAACACACACAGGAGAGAAGCCUUACGUCUGCCCUGACUGUGGAAAGAGUUUCUCCCAAUUGUAUACAUUAAAAACACAUGAACGUAUACAUUCAGGGGAGAAGCCUUACUCCUGCUCUGGCUGUGUAAAAUAUUUCAAAACGUCAACUGAGCUAAACGUUCAUCAGAGAACACACACAGGAGAGAAGCCGUAUUACUGCUCUGACUGUGGAAAAUAUUUCAAAACAUUAAAUGAGCUAAAAGUUCACCAGAGAACACACACAGGAGAGAAGCCUUACGUCUGCUCUGACUGUGGAACUAGUUUCUCUCAACUUUCCCACUUAAAAUCACAUGAACGUAUACAUACAGGGGAGAAGCCAUACUCCUGCUCUGACUGUGGAAAAUGUUUUAAAACAUUAUAUGAGCUAAAAGUUCACCAGAGAACACACACAGGAGAGAAGCCUUACGUCUGCUCUGACUGUGGAAAGUGCUUCACAACGUCAACUGAUAUAAAAGUUCACCAGAGAACACACUCAGGAGAGAAGCCUUACGUUUGCUUAGACUGUGGAAAGAGUUUCUCUCAACUUUCCCACUUAAAAUCACAUGAACGUAUACAUACAGGGGAGAAGCCAUACUCCUGCUCUAACUGUGGAAAAUGCUUCAAAACAUCAACUGUGCUAACAGUUCAUCAGAGAACACACACAGGAGAGAAGCCAUAUUACUGCUCUGACUGUGUAAAAUGCUUCACAACAUCAGCUAAGCUAAAAGCUCAUCAAAGAACACACACAGGAGAAAAGCCUUACUCCUGUUCUGACUGUGGUGUAAGUUUCUCUCGACUUGAUACUUUAAAAACACACCAACAUAUACAUUAAGGAGAGAAGCCAUACUCCUGCUCUGCUUGUGUAAAAUGCUUCAAAACAGCAAAUGAGCUAAUAGUUCAUCAGCGACCACAUGCAUGAGAGAAGCCUGCUUACGUCUGCUCUGACUUUUGGGUGAGUUUCUCUCACCAUAGCAACUUAACACACCAGUGUAAACACACAGGAGAGAUGCCUUACCUCUGCACUGUGGAAUGGUGGGCGUGUAACUCAAACUUCUUGCCAAAGUUUGAGUGUUUGAAUCUCAUCAAGGAGGACUUUAGCAUUUUAGCUAAUUAGCAACUUUGCAACAACUUACUACUUUGCAGCUAUUACAUAGCAUGUUAGCUUAGCAUGCAGCUAUUUAGCAUGUUUGCUAACCUUUCCCCGAAACCCAUUUAACUCUACCUUAAACCCCUCACCUACCUAACUUUAGCAACAACAAAUUGGAAUUCGUAACAUACCAUACAUAUUACCAGUUCGUAACAUGUUGUAUGAAUAGCAAUGCGUAAAAUAACAUACGAAUUGUAAUUCUUAACAUACGAUACAUCCUACAAGUCGUAUUAUACUGAACAACAAUCUCAACGCAACAAUUUCAAAUAUUUACAGGUUGUAUAAGGAAAUCAGUCAAUUUAAGUCAAUGAGACCCAAAUCUAUGGAUUUCACAUGACUGGGAAGGGGCUCAGCCAUGGGUGGGACUUGGGAGUGCAUGGGCCCACUUGGGAGCCAUGUCCAGCCAAUAAGAAAUAGUUUUUCCCCACAAAGGUCUUUAUUACAGAAAUACAUUUUAUUCAGCACCAUCCCCACCUCCCCACCCCCAGACAAUCCUGCAGGUGAAGAGGUCCUGGGCUGACGUGGUUUCAUGUGAUCUGCAGUUGUGAGGCCGGUUGGAUGUCCUGCCAAAUUCUCUAAAAGGACGUUAGAGGAGACUUAUGGUAGAGAUAUAAAUAGUUCUCUGGCAACAGCUCUGGUGGACAUUCCUGCAUUCAUCAUGUCAAUUGCACAUUCCCUAAAUUUGAGACAUCUGUGACAUUGUGUUGUGUGGCCUUUUAUUGUCCCCAGCACAAGGUGCACCUGUGUAAUGAUAAUGCUGUUUUAUCGGCAUCUUGAUAUGCCACACCUGUCAGGUGUGCACAACAUUUGAGAGACAUUAGCUUUUUGUGCAUAUGGAACAUUACUGGAUUUUUUUUGUUUCAGCUCAUGAAACCAACAGUUUACAUGUUUAGUUUAUAUUUUGGUUUAUAUUGGUAGUCCAAUGUAAUCAAACAUACUGAAUGGAUUGGCAAAGGAUGUUUAUUUUGUAUAAUAUAAUACGUUUUGCUCUGAGACCAGGUUGUCCCUCUGCAGUAUUCUGUGGGAAGGAGCAAGUAUACACUUUUUUUAUUGAACCUCUAUUUAACUAGGCAAGUCAGUUAAUUAAGAACAAAUUCUUAUUUACAAUGAUGGCCUCGGAACAGUGGGUUAACUACCUUGUUCAAAACAACAGAUUUUUACCUUGUCAGCUCGGGAUUCGAUCUGGUAACCUUUUGGUUACCAGCUCAAUGCUCUAACCACUAGGCUACCUUCUGCCCCUAACAUGUAUCAGAUAGAGAUGGUAUGAUGAUCACUUUUCACCAUUAGUUUGGGGGGGAUUGUUUUACAACUUUAUUUAAUGUUACACAGUUUAUGAAAUGAAUACAUGUGCUUAUUAAUUGUCUUUAAAACUAGAUUAGUUAUUUUAGUUACUGAUCAUGAAUGUGUUUGGAUAACUGCAUUGAAGCAAACUUUAUUGAUCUGCCAAUGAAAAAUAAAGUUACAUGAAUAUGUA